GGCGUAUAUUGUGGUAUUUAUUGGCAAGUCUGAUAAUAUAAAUACAGUAAUAUUUACAUUUUCGACUGUGUUUAGAUAUAGCACAGAACACAUAAUUUUUACUAGCACCACAGGCCUCAUUAAUUCCUCGUACGACGUCUUUGUGCUCUGCAUGAUUUACAUGUUUUGCCCGAUUCCCUCUAUCAGGGGAGCUGCGCUACUGGCCAUCUCAUUCAGCAUUGUGUACGUGGUCUACUUCCUGCACUUUAUAGCGUUUCACCAAAAUAACAGCGUGCGAAAUAUUCAUGGCUUCGAUAUGAUAUCCGUCGACAUAUUCCACUACCUGGGCUUUAACAUGAUGAGCAUAUUCUUCCGCAUCGUGAACGACACCAUGGUGCGCUUCUCCUUUUUGGACCGACACCAGUUCAUCAAGGAAGAGUUGUGGCUUCGCCAUGCCAUGCGACAGGAAUCGAUGCUUGUGGACAGCAUCCUGCCGCCUCAGAUUGCGAAGCCCAUCAAGAGUAGCAUCAAGAACAGGAUCAUGCAAGCCGAAACUGAAUUCGAACGCGUUAGCAUGGGUGUUUCGCGAAGGUCGGAGAACUUCAUGGCCAUCCAGAUUCAUCCCGACGUCAGUAUCCUCUACGCCGACGUGGUGAACUACACCCACCUGACCUUGACCCUGACUGUGAAGUUGGUGAAGGUGCUGGACGAUUGCUGCUGUUGGCAAUUGGUUCCAGCUGUAAGUUAAUCCUCCGAGACUCAGGGCGGAACGGGGCUUGGAUAUCGUCAUGUGCAUAGGGGACCAUUCGGGGACUUUGCUUGGAGGUGUCAUGGGAGAGGCCAAGCUGCAGUUCGGCAUUUGGUCUACGCCAUUACUCGGGUGCAGUCCCAAUCUAAUCAAUGAGUUUUCCGGUACUGAUGACCACA